AUGCAUUUCGCCCCCUCAUUUGCCCCUGCCAAUAUUGCUUUUCCUGCCCGCUGGCUUCUGCUCCUCUUCGCCUCGCUCGCCCUCGGCACUUUGUACGCGCCGGCUCCCUCGAGCAACGAUUUCAUCACGGGUGUUUCGCCGGACAUCGAACGGCUACCUCGAGCUCGCGAUGUGAAGGCUGGACGUCCACGAUUACUGCCGAAAGAUCUUUCAACAAGCCAUCCCCAGCCAACAACACUCGCCUCCCGCCGGAGCUGCGACCACUACCGUCAGCCAAAAGAACGAUGUGGAGCGGACGUCCCUGCUAUUCUCCCGACGAUUCCAGGAGGCUUCAGCUCAAGCCGUCUGGACUCUGAGAGCCUCACCUUGGCAAACCACGAGCUCCUCAAACCCGAGCAAAAGGCUCCCAUUCCCGCUUCCCAGAAGAUGCAAGAUAUCCAACGCAAGGUUGCGCCGCUGCUUGCGAGCAAUGUCUCCAAGGAUGAGGAGAGCCAAUGA